CGGUAGGUGGACAAUGUGCAGGAGCUCAUGCUGGACUACUGUGGCCUGCUUCUCCUCUUCUACCUCUUCUUCGUCAUCCUGGAGUCCAUUUCUGACCUGUACUUCAUCAUCAUCUUUCCCGAGCACAUGCAAAUCGACAUGUUUUUACUCCUGGCCAACACCACGACUCUAGCUCUCAUACUCUACGGCGCCUGGCUGCUGCAGGAGGAGAGGGCCGCAUGUGUUACUUGGCUUAAGGAAGAACUUCUCUACACUGAGGACUACACUGUGCUGGCCAGGGGAUGGUGGCUGGUGAGGGAGAUGCAGCAGACAAGCGGUCCGAGUAUCCUGGGCUUUUUCACCCUGGGGAACCACUGUAUCGUGUCUGUGUGCAGCUUCGUGGCGACUUACCUAGUCAUCCUGCUGCAGUUUCAGAUCAGCCCCUCCACUUCUCAACCUUCGCCUACCUCCUCCACCAACGUGUCCACCGUCGCCUCCACCACCUUCUGAACCUCCACAUUCUUUUUUUUUCGUAUCAUUUUCGCCACUCAUCAGCUUGCCAGACGUUCGAGCGGUUGUGUCUAUCCAGUAACAUUUGACGUCUUCUCCCGUAGUAUUUGUUCACAGUUUUGUAUGUUGAGGUCUCCGUGUACUCUUUACAACAAGAUACUGUGUAGUGAAGAUGGUCGUGUUGUACAGUAAAUGGUCCUUCAGGUGCACCUAUAACAUCCUACCACACAAAAUCCCACCAAACAAAAUUCCAACAAAUAAAAUAAUCCUCAUUUGACACAUUUUCACUCGAUAAAAACACGUUAGACAAAAUUCGUCCUUAUUUUCUCCUCACACACAGUAUCCAG